CUUCUAAACGUUCGUGUACAUUCUACGAUGACAUUCGAAUUUAUCGAUAUAAAAGACCCAAUAUUUCGGGCCACCUGCCGUGAACGUAACGAGGAAGAUUACGUGCUAGUGCGAUGUAAUGAUUUCGCUAGCGUUCCGAUCAAUCUUCCCAACUGGACUCCGGAACCUGUCUGCUUAUCAAGACGAUACGAAGGCGUUGGGCAAACGAUCAAGGAUAUGGAAGUUCGGCCGGAUGACGUUUGGAUUGUAACGUACCCAAAAAGUGGAACCACCUGGACACAAGAGUUGAUCUGGUUGGUCUGCAACGGACUCGACUUUCAGCAAGCUAAAGAUGUUUUAAUCGAUGCACGGUUUCCCUUCAUUGACUUAUCAGGCCUCCGUGAUCUUCCGGAACCAUUUAAUCCACUGCGCGAUGCACUCGAGAUGCCUUCGCCGCGCUUCAUUAAAACGCACCUACCACCAGCCUUUCUACCGAACGCUAUCUGGACGGUACAACCGAAACUUGUGCACGUACGUCGUAAUCCAAAAUCGGUUGCUGUAUCUUACUAUCAUCAUUCCGUGUCUCUGCACUGCUACAAGGGCACUUUGGAGCAAUUUAUCCGCUCGAUGAUAAAUGAAUUGGUUUACUAUUCACCUUACCAUAAGCACUUGAUCGAGUACAGUGAGCUAAACUAUCCAAACAUGCUCUCACUGUGCUUUGAAGAUAUGAAACAAGAUCUGCCGAGUGCUAUUCGACAAGUUGCCCAAUUUUUCAACAAAACGUAUACCGACGAUCAGAUCGAGCAGCUCGCCAGCCAUCUGGGUUUUGAUCAAAUGCGUCAAAAUGCAUCCGUUAAUCGACGGGAGUGGAUUGAGUACAAUCUGAAGCAAACCAAUAGAGCUGAUAAGCUAAACGAAAAUGAUAUGCAGUUCAUCCGGAAAGGUGAAACGGAUGGUUGGAGAAAGGAACUAUCAGAUGAUCUGAUUGAAGCCAUUGAUCGCUGGACAUUGGAGAAGGUACCACAAGACAGCAAAUAUGCAUCACUGUUUUAUUAAUCGCUGAAGAGAGACGAUUGUUUUAAAUGGUAGAAUUAUCUUAAUUAUGUUGUAGUCCUUUCAAAAUACUAACACAUGUAAUAUGUUUGAUAAGUCUUUCAACUCAGUUAUCCGAAUGUAGCUCAAUUAGUUAAAUAAAAAAGUCUAAUUAGAAAUGUAUUUUAUAGUACAUGUCUACUAUGAAGCUUGGUAAUAAAUAAUAAAUAACUUUAAACAAAAGGACAAGAUUAAAAACAAAUCUUACUGA